AUGCGCAGACAUCAGCUGCUUCACCCGUCGACGCUCCACCGUAUGCGGCAGCUUAUCAAGGGCGGGACGGCCGAGAAGCCGCAGUGGCUCGACUUGCUCUUUGCCGCUGCAAAGUCCGCCGGCAUCGCUCCGCCCUCGUCGGCUGCUACCGCCUCGGUGGCCGCGACAGCUGCUGCGCCGGGCUCUGGCUCGGUCGAUGCUGCUGUUUCCGGCAUCAAGGCCCUGCUCUCGGCCGGCUCGGCUGGCGCUGCAGCAAAGAAAGCUCAGGCUGCCGCCGUGGCUGCUGCGUCCGGAGGCGAUGCUGCUGCCGCCGUCGCCGACGCCGCGCAGAUUGUGGCGCCAGCCGGCGAAGAGUACGACGCCUUUUGCGCCCAUGUCGAUGCCUCGGGCCUCGACAUGGACAAGGAGGCCAUGGACGCGUGGUUCUCGGCCAUGCAGGUCCGCCAGCGGGUGUACGCGCCGAUCGAGGCGCUCGGCGACGAGCUCGUCGCCCGCGCACGCGACAUGGUGACUGCCGCCACCGCCGACGACGAUGCUGCUCCGCUGCCGCCGGCCGAUGUGGCCCUCCUUGUUGACGAGACGCUCGAGGAGCACGGCCCGGCCCUUCUCGCCCACGUCUUUGACGACCUCGACGCCGACACCAUCAAGUCGCGCUCGCUCGACCUCAUCUUUGCCUACUUUACCGGCCCGCAGGCCUCGGGCGCCCCGCCCACCGACGCCGAUCGCAAGGAGCGCUUCGCCAACCUCCUCUUUGCCUACCGCGAGCAGCAGCGCCAGCCGCGGACCUCACCCGCCUCCCCGCCCGCCUCUAAGUAG